AGACCCGUCAGUUAUUUUCCUUCCCUACAUCGCAACUCACCAGUUGGGCCUGUGACAGUUAUCAGAUAUUUUUCGAUUUUUCAUUUUUUAUACUUUAACCGCCACACACAACUGCAUAAACCCUGAGACAUUCUCCAACGGCAAUCACAGAAACCGCCACUCUUCACUGUGCCGUCAUUGAUCUCUGCGGUUACCCCCAAUUCCCUUACCCUCUCUCCACCGUAACCACCGCAACUCACCGUCGCCUAACCCUAACACCGUUCAAUUUCGUGCCGAAUAAACCUUAAACCCUCUCUUCAUUAUUCUCAGAACAAAAAUCAAUCAGAAGCGAUGAAUAAACCGAGAAACGAUGCUGUGAUCUUCACGAAGGAGCCUUUCAUCGAGGAUACAGGACCAAGCAAAAUAGCUGGUAUUUCGUUUUCCACGCUAUCUGAAGCAGAAAUCAGCAAAAUGGGUGAAGUUCAAGUGUCGAAAACCAGUUACUAUGAUUCAUUUCGAAAGGCUGAUCCUGGUGGCUUGUUGGAUCCUCACAUGGGCCCUGCUAAUAAGGGUACUAAUAUUCCUUGUGCAACAUGCCACGGGAACUUUUCUGACUGUCAAGGGCACUUUGGAUGCUUCCAACUUGAUCAACCUGUUUUCAAUGUCGGAUACUUAAAUACAAUUGUGAAAAUACUGAAGUGCAUUUGCAAGCGAUGUGCUCGUGUUCUCCUUGAUGAAAAUGAACGUAAAAUGCAUUUGGCGAAAAUGAGAAACCCUAAAUUGGAUGGGCAGCAGAAGUUGCAUGCGCUUGAAGCUGCAACGAAAAAUUUUAAAAAUCCCAAUGCUAUACAGUGCCCAAGAUGUGGAUAUAUGAAUGGUAAAGUGAAGUACAAUAAGCCAAACCUGAGCAUUGUUCAUGACCUCUCAGUUGCUAAGAAUGAAGAUGUCGCAGAGCUCGAAUCAUCUGUUUCUCAUAUAAACAAUUAUAGGUCAUGCAAGGAAGUUUAUAAACGAACUCUUAACCCUCACAUGGUUCUUGACUUGUUUAAAAAGAUGCACCGUGAGGACUGUGUAUUACUUUAUCUUGCCGAAAACCCAGAGAAUCUCAUCAUGAAAAACAUUGCUGUGCCACCUAUAGCUAUUCGACCUUCAGUCAUGGUGGAUGGAGCACAGAGUAAUGAAAAUGACAUAACAGAGAAGCUAAAGAAAAUAAUCCAGACAAAUGCUCUCAUACAAGAUGUAUCAGUUGAGCCAGGCAAAUAUGAGGGUAAUUAUGUUAUGCUUCAAUUUGAGGCUGCUCAAUACAUAAAUAGUGAAGUUAAAACAUACAAUCUACAACCGAGCAAGCCUUUAACCGGUUUUAUUCAGCGCAUUAAAGGGAAGCAAGGUCGUUUCCGUAGCAAUCUGUCUGGAAAACGUGCUGAAUAUACUGGCAGGACAGUUAUUUCACCCGAUCCUAAUCUAAAGAUUACUGAGGUUGCAAUACCGAUUCAUAUGGCUCGCAUUUUGACUUAUCCUGAGCGUGUUACACAUCACAACAUAGAGAAGUUGAGACAAUGUGUGAAAAAUGGUCCUGAUAAGUAUCCUGGUGCAAAGGUGGUUAAAAAUGCUGGAGGUGAAUCAUGGACUUUAAAAGUUAAUCGUACGAAGCAUGCUGAUGAACUGAAAUUUGGUGAUAUUGUCGAACGCCAUUUAGAAGACGGAGACAUUGUUCUUUUCAACAGGCAACCAAGCUUGCAUCGGAUGUCUAUGAUGUGUCAUAGGGCAAGGGUUAUGCCUUGGAGAACUUUGAGAUUUAAUGAAUCUGUAUGUAAUCCAUAUAAUGCUGAUUUUGAUGGUGAUGAGAUGAACCUACAUGUUCCACAGACUGAGGAGGCACGAACAGAGGCUCUUUUGUUGAUGACGGUGCAAAACAAUUUGUGCACACCAAAAAACGGGGAAAUUCUAGUUGCCUCUACACAAGACUUCUUAACCUCUUCCUUUCUCAUAACUAGGAAAGAUACUUUUUAUGACCGUUCAACAUUUUCACUUAUUUGCUCAUACAUGGGGGACGGCAUGGAUCCUAUUGAUUUGCCAACUCCUGCAAUUAUUAAGCCAGUUGAACUCUGGAGUGGCAAACAGUUAUUUAGCAUUUUAUUGCGCCCACAUGCAAAUGUGAGGGUCUAUGUGAACCUCACUGUAAAGGAGAAAACACACAAGACAAAGAAGGAUGACAGGAAUAGAGUGGUGAAAACAUUGUGCCCUUAUGAUGGAUUUGUUUAUUUUCGCAACAGUGAGCUAAUCUCUGGACAACUUGGAAAGGCGACUUUAGGAAAUGGCAAUAAGGAUGGACUUUUCUCUGUGUUACUAAGAGACUAUAAAUCAGAUGCUGCUGCUUCUUGCAUGAAUCGUCUUGCUAAAUUAAGUGCUAGGUGGAUAGGUAAUCAUGGGUUCUCGAUAGGCAUUGAUGACGUCCAACCUAAACAGACACUGAUCAAUAAUAAGGUCAAAAUAAUUAAUGGUGGUUACAAUGAGUGUGAUGGUUUUAUAGAAGCUUUCAAUGAAAGAAAGCUACAACCUGCACCUGGUUGUGAUGCUGCUCAAACAUUAGAGUCUAUGAUAUUUAGUAAGUUGAAUGGCUUGCGUGAUAAGAUAGCGGAGGUUUGCAUGCAAACAUUACACUGGAGAAAUAGUCCAUUGAUCAUGUCACAAUGUGGUUCCAAAGGAUCUCCUAUCAAUAUCUGUCAAAUGGUUGCCUGUGUUGGUCAACAGUCAGUUGGAGGUUGUCGUGCUGCUAAUGGGUUCAUAGAUCGGAGUCUUCCUCAUUUCCGUAAAAAAGCGCAAACCCCUGAUGAUAAAGGUUUUGUUAGGGAUUCCUUUUUCGAUGGAUUGUCAGCUACUGAGUUUUUCUUCCAUACAAUGGGAGGGAGAGAAGGGCUCGUUGAUACCGCGGUCAAAACUGCAGACACUGGAUAUAUGUCCCGUAGAUUAAUGAAAGCUCUAGAGGACUUGUUUUUACAUUAUGAUUACACUGUAAGAGAUACCAAUGGUGGUAUAGUUCAGUUUUGUUAUGGAGAUGAUGGCAUGGAUCCAGCAGGCAUGGAAGGAAAAAAUGGAAAACCAUUAAAUUUUGAUCGGUUAUUUCUCAGAAGCAAGGCCAUAUGUCCUAGUGAUGGAGAUGAUGUAAUCUUAUCUUCUUCAGAUAUGCGGAAAAUACUUCACGAGAAGCUUUCAGAAGUUGGUGUGUCCAAGUUAGAGGAGAAGGAUACUUCAGGAAAUGAUAUAAUGUUAGAGGCGGGAUUCUCUGCUGAUUUUAUAAAAUCGCUACAAUCAUUUGUCGAAGAAAAUACAAAACUAACAGAAACUAUUACCGAGGACGAUCCUAAACAUCUGAAGAACCUGAAUAACUUUAUUCCAAGGAUAUCCGGGAUCAGUCGCAGACAACUAGAGGUUUUUCUGGAUAUUUGUCUAUCACGUUACCGUUUCAAAAAAAUUGAGGCUGGAACUCCAAUUGGUGCAAUUGGAGCUCAUAGUAUUGGAGAACCUGGGACUCAGAUGACUUUGAAAACUUUUCACUUUGCUGGGGUUGCAAGCAUGAAUGUUACUCUUGGAGUUCCUCGCAUCAUGGAAAUUAUAAAUGGAGCAUCAAAUAUUAAGACACCGAUCAUCACUGCGAUACUUGAGACUGAUGAUAAUAUAAAUAUUGCAAGGAUGGUGAAAGGUCGCAUAGAAAAAACAACUUUAGGCCAGGUUGCAAAGAGUAUCAAGGUUGUUGCCACUUCAAGAUCAGCGGCACUUUUUAUCUCACUGGACGAGAAGAUAAUCGAAGAGGCAUAUCUGAAUAUAGAUUCUAAUACUGUAAAAGAAUCAAUUUUGCAAACUGGAAAACUGAAGUUGAAGGAAAAGGAAAUUAAGAUUUUGGAUCGUAAAAAGCUUCAAGUGGAUGCCAAAGUGGAUCCCAAAGCUGCUAACCAAAGUGAAGUCAUUUUUCAACUUAAUAAUCUCAAAAAUUUGCUUCCAUCAGUUGUAGUAAAGGGUGUUAAAACUGCCGAACGAGUUGUCCUCGAAGUAGGUAAUAAAGAUGAAAAAGUUAAGAAGUUCAACUUACUGGUGGAAGGCAAGGGCCUUAAAGAGGUUAUAGGAAUUGAAGGGGUUGAUGGACAUAAAACUGUCAGUAAUCAUGUCACUGAAAUGAAUAACGUUCUGGGAAUUGAAGCUGCCAGAGAUUGUAUCAUUGGACAGAUUCAGUAUACAAUGAAAGAACAUGGAAUGACUAUAGACGUACGCCAUAUUAUGCUUCUAGCAGAUAUGAUGACUGUCAGGGGCCAAAUCCUUGGAAUGACAAGACAUGGAAUAGUGAAGAUGGGCAGAAGUACAUUGAUGCUUGCAUCAUUUGAGAGUUCAACAGACUAUCUUUUUGAUGCAUCCUUGCGUGGGAUGAGUGACCCAAUUGAAGGAGUGAGUGAUUGCAUAAUAAUGGGUAAACCAAUUCAGAUAGGCACCGGAAUGAUCGAGAUCAAACAAAGGUUGGAUCCUCCGGUGUUGCCUCGAGGAGCUGUUCCUAUUCUAUCUCAAGUUUGAAGUUGUUUAUUAGCAGCCAAGAAUGUGGAUCAUAUUGGAAGGAAUGCAUUGAAUGUUUUGAGUUUGAGGUUGUGACGUUUACUCUUCGAUCUGAUUAUAUUUGUCCAAAAAGGUGCAGACUCUUGUUAACAUUAGCAGUGGUAUUAUUAACCGAAUAUUGCUUGCAGAUCUGAAGAAUAAUUUUCAAGUUAUUUAUAUAAAGAUUGCUUUUAUUUUGAGGUCCUA